GGAGCACUUGGAUUGGCUGUAAGGAGCUAGGUAGCCCGCAGAGACCGCUCCUUCCCCCGGAUCAGUCCCGUCAGUGGAGCGAGAGGCGCGCACACACACACGCGCGCGCGCUCACGCACACGCACGCACGCAGCUCACGCACACGCACACGCUGGUCGACACGCGCGAAAGGUGCGACGCAGAGUGGACUCAACCCGAAGGACUCUGGUUGUGUGCGUUGGACUUAAACGGAGCAUGAAUCUGUCAUCGGGGCAUCGAUCCUCGCCUGUGGACAAACCAAGUGAACCCUUCACAGGGAAAUCACACGCGGGCACAUUUUAACGCAACAUCCUCCCGCGCGGAGGGCGAUGCUCAAGACCGCCACAGCUUUUUUUUGUUUUCACCUGACUGCUUGAACUCGGCGCUGGAUAUAUCUUCUGCGGAGCCAUUUCUUCUUCUUCUUCUUCUUCUUCUUGUUGUUUUCUCUCGGGAGUUUUUUUUUUGUUUGUUUGUUGUUGUUUUGGUUGUUGUGGUGGUUGAGCAGCAGCGCGCGAGCCUUUGAGCGCAGCCUCCCAGUGACUCUCCCGGAGUUUGACUCCUCAUCAUGGGCCACGGUGCACGCGCCGCCCGAGAGGGACGAAGGGAGCCGAGGUCCCCGCCGCCCGAGAUGCGGACCGCGUCCUGGCUUGUGGUCAUUCUCCUGAUGGAUGUCGGCCUGGCUCAAGUCGAGGAUGACUUCAUCGGUCUCCGUGAUCUGCCGGAAACCUUUCCUUCGGAUCCGCCCGAGCCCUUGCCGGUGUUUUUGAUGGAACCGGAGGAGGCCUACAUUGUCAAGAACAAGCCGGUCAACCUGUACUGCAAGGCCACGCCCGCAACCCAGAUCUACUUCAAGUGCAACAGCGAGUGGGUCCACCAGAAGGAGCACACGGUGGAGGAGCGCGUCGACGAGAACACUGGACUAGUAGUGAGAGAGGCCAGCAUAGAGAUCACUCGGCAGCAGGUGGAGGAGUUGUUUGGGCCCGAGGACUUCUGGUGUCAGUGUGUUGCCUGGAGCUCUGCAGGGACCACCAAGAGCCGCAAAGCCCACGUCCGCAUCGCUUAUCUGAGGAAGACAUUUGACCAGGAGCCUCUUGGGAAGGAAGUGACCCUCGAACAGGAAGUGUUGCUCCAAUGUCGCCCUCCUGAAGGCAUCCCCUCCGCCGAGGUGGAGUGGUUAAAGAACGAGGAAGUCAUUGAUCCCGCGGAUGACAGAAACUUCUACAUCACCAUCGACCACAACCUGAUCAUCAAGCAGGCGCGCCUCUCGGACACCGCCAACUACACCUGUGUCGCCAAGAACAUUGUGGCCAAAAGACGCAGCACCACCGCCACAGUUAUUGUCUACGUGAACGGUGGCUGGUCAACGUGGACGGAGUGGACCGUGUGUAACAGCCGCUGUGGCCGCGGCUACCAGAAACGCACGCGCAGCUGCACCAACCCGGCCCCCCUUAACGGCGGCGCCAUCUGUGAGGGCCAAGGCAUUCAGAAGCUGACGUGCAAUCCCCUCUGCCCAGUGGAUGGCGUGUGGACAGAGUGGACUAAGUGGUCCACCUGUGGGACAGAGUGCACCCACUGGAGGAGGAGAGAAUGCGGCGUUCCAGCACCCAAAAACGGGGGGAAGGACUGUGAGGGCACGGUGCUCCAGUCCAAGAACUGCACCGAUGGGAUGUGCAUGCAGAGUUCCUUGUAUCAGAAGUCCUCUGAGGCAAAAGACAAGAGUGAUUUUGGAAGUUCAUUGGCCCCGAGUACAGACGACGUAGCUCUGUACGUGGGUAUCGUCAUAGCGGUGAUCAUGUGCCUGGUUAUCUCCGUCGUCGUGGCGCUCUUCAUCUACAGGAAGAACCACCGCGACUUUGACUCUGACAUCAUCGAUUCCUCCGCCCUCAACGGAGGUUUCCAGCCAGUCAGCAUCAAGACCGCGCGCAAAGCGGAUCUCCUGACAGCGCCCCCCGACCUGACCUCGGCGGCCGCCAUGUACCGCGGCCCCGUCUACGCCCUGCACGACGUCGCCGACAAAAUCCCCAUGACUAAUUCCCCUCUGCUGGACCCCCUCCCCAACCUGAAGAUUAAGGUGUACAACUCGUCGGGCCUUGUGACCCCACAGGAUGACCUCGGAGGGGAAUUCGCCUCCAAACUGUCGCCCAAGCUGCCGCACUGCCUGCUGGACAACAGCGACUGCACCAUGGGCCGCCGCGCCCAGACCCAGACGUUGCUUCGUGCUCGGGAUCCGUCCUGCACCGCGCUGGGCUCCUUCAGCUCCCAGGGGGGGCACCUCAUCGUGCCCAACUCAGGCGUGAGUCUGCUCAUUCCAGCGGGGGCCAUCCCUCAGGGCCGAGUGUACGAGAUGUAUGUGACGGUCCAAAGGAAAGACAACAUGAGGCCCUCGGUGGAGGACGGCCAAACGGUGCUGAGCCCCGUGGUGAGCUGCGGGCCCCCCGGGGCCUUGUUGACCCGGCCCCUCAUCAUCACCAUGCACCACUGCGCCGUGUUUGAUGGCCAACAGGAUUGGCUGAUCCAGCUCAAGAGCCAGUCACAGCAGAGCCACUGGGAGGACGUGGUGGUGGUGGGAGAGGAGAACUUCACCACGCCGUGCUACAUCCAAAUGGACGACGAGUCCUGCCACAUCCUGACCGAGACACUCGGCACCUCCUGCUUAGUGGGCCAGUCUCUCAGCGCUUCAACAACCAAGCGCCUCAAACUCGCCAUCUUCGGGCCCGUCACCUGCCCCGCCAUGGAAUAUCACAUCAGGGUCUACUGCCUGGACGACACACAGGACUCCCUCAAGGAAGUCCUACAGAUGGAGAAGCAAAUGGGCGGGAAGUUGUUGGACGAGCCAAAGACGCUCAACUUCAAGGACAGCACCCACAACCUGAGACUUUCCAUCCACGACGUGCCCCACACGCUGUGGAAGAGCAAACUGCUCGCCAAGUACCAGGAGCUCCCCUUUCAGCAGGUGUGGUGCGGCUCGCAGAGAAACCUCCACUGUUGCUUCACCCUGGAGCGGUUCUCUGCCAUCACUGUGGACCUGGCCUGCAAGAUAUGCGUGCGCCAGGUGGAGGGAGAAGGACAGAUCUUUCAGUUGGACACCACGCUGUCAGAGGAUUCCCAGAGUAUUGACACGUCCCUGCUGGACCCUGCCAGUAACAUCACCACACUGGUGGGGCCCAAUGCCUUCCGCAUCCCAGUCUCCAUCAGACAGAAGUUGUGUGGCAGUCUGGACGCACCACAGACCAGGGGAAACGAUUGGAGGAUGUUGGCGCACAAACUUAACCUUGACAGGUACCUUAACUACUUUGCCACCAAAUCCAGUCCUACGGGAGUGAUCCUGGACCUGUGGGAGGCCCAGCAUUUUCCCGAUGGCAACCUGGGUCGCCUGGCCCAGGUUCUGGAGGAGAUGGGGCGCCACGACAGCCUUGUUCCUGCAGCGACUGAACACUGAAAGCCGCCCACCAUCGAUUGCGACAUUCCAGGGAAGAAGUAGACCCGAAAAUGAAAUGUGAGCGGUGGAUGCCAAAAAAGCAGGCGAGUCAUUUUGGCGUCCAAGAUGACGAAUGCAGACACACACUCCAAGGUACUGUGUGUGGAAGCGUGCACAGCGAGAGAAGAAAAAAGAAAGCGUGAGGUCUACUCAGCUAUGACCCAGUUAAACCUUGGCAAAAAGGGUGUAAAAACUUAGAGGGUAAACAAGAAUUUCUGUAAUUUCUCUCUCUCUCUCUCUCUCUCUCUCUCUCUCUCUCUCUCUCUCUCUCUCUCUCUUUCUGGUACAACGACUUGAUAUAUUUGGCUCUUGUUUCCUUGGAAACAGCUGUCCGGUUAUCCGGACAGACUGCGUGUGUGCGGAUGAUGAUGCGCUCGCCUCAGACAAGUGUCUGAGAAGUGAGAUGCUAAGGUCAAAGGAGCAAAGAAAACACUGCUCGGAAUCCCUCUCACUCUCCACAAAACAGUCUCCAUAGCAACAUUACGGAUGGGUAUGUGUCCUGUGUUAACAUAGUAUUUAAUAAUAUGCCUAUUUAUACAUAUCUUUUUUUGUAUUUUAUGCUGCCUGUAAAGGAAUAUUUUUCUGUGUCCGCGCAUUUUGUUCCCAGUUCCAUUAUGUCUGACUGUACCAUAGCACCUCCAGGUGGACCCUUGCAGGAAGGACUCCUUUAUAUGUACAGAGGGAAAUCAAUAACGUAACCAUCUUACAAAUUUAGCCUUGCUGUCGUAACUACUUUUAAUACUUUUUAUUCAUGUCAUGUAUAAUUAAUGAUUUUCAAUUAUGUGUGUUUCUUAUAUGUGAUUAUUUUUUAGAUCUUUUUGAUAAGUUGCAUUGGUUCAGAUUUUUAUUUUCUUUGCAUGUUUAUUAUUGGGUCAUUUGGCUAAUUACAUACGUUUUCCAACCCCUAAAUAAAGGGCGGUCGAGAUAAUAUUCCCAUGCCAAAUAAAAUACAUGAUUAAUGUUGACGAUUCGUAUGUUGUUCAAGAUGAAAUCAUCUACGUUAAAGAAACCAAUCAGAGAAGCAGAUACUUUACAAAGGGGAAUAAAUAAGUAUAUUUUUGUAGGACCAAUGCAACUGCUUUGUACCAAAUAAUUGACAUACAGUGUAUGAGGUCAAAUAGAGGGUGGUCAUCAAACUAUCACACAUCAUAUAGAAAGUAUCAAUUAUUUUGUCCAGAACUGAACUACUGUCAUCCAUCAUUUCUGAGUACAGACUCUUCAGACUUCUGAAUUUGAACAUGACUGACAUAAGCCAUCGGUGUUUUGAGGACACGGAAUGAUUUCAUCAAAAUAUCUGCUAGUUGUCUGCUAACGUUCCCUUGAUGCAGCAGCACUUGUGACUGUGACCAAGUGUUCUUGUUUGGCUCUUGGUUUUAUUUUGUUUUUUUAAUGGCAGUUGUCCCAGUUAUUGUAAAAGCGUCUAUGCAAACUUUGCAUCUUUAUGAAACAAUCUCAACAUUCUCAGCCUUUUGCAUUCCCUGGUUGUUCUUCAGCUUCACGGUUAUUAUUAUGUAUAGUGAGAAUGUAGCCUGUCUGUUUCUGCCAUUCAUGAUGUUCCUCUCAACUGCUUGCAUUUCAUCUGUCAAGUUAUUGUACAAAGUGUAAGAAAGAAUUUUUAAGACUUAAUAAUAAAUUAUAUUUAUAUGCAACAUUGAAAACGGAGCAUGAGGAUCUCAUUUGUUUCAGUUCAACGUAAACAGGCAAGCUUUUAGUAUAGUAUAGUUCUUUUAUAUACUCACAGUUAAUCACAUGUUUGGAUCAAAUUAGGAACUUGCCUCAGUGGGAUCGUCGUCAGGAUAAUUAGAUUAAAACACAUUUAACAAUCAGCAAGAAAAUAGUUAACAAUAUA